UUACCUGGGUGUUGCUGCCGUCUUCCUCAGAACAAAAACAUCACUAACUGGCUUCAACUGAUAACGACUGAUAACCAGAUAACGCGGUUAGCUGCCUCGUUUGACGGAAAAUGGAACUACCGAAGCGCGAGUUGGCGAUGUGUGAAAGCGGUCUUAGCCUGUCUGUUCCGGAGCGCCUUUGGGCGCAUACACACUUAAGUUCACGUACGACAAUAAUGACGACGGCGCAGCAGAUAAUGUCAACGCAAGGCACUCCGGCAGUAACAUUUGAGUGGUUCUACUGAACUGUUAAGCCAACGAUACGAGCUGGCAAUUUUGACGACUUUCGUACGAAAUUUAAUUCGGUCAUGUAGAAGGAUAUGCGUUGUGAAAACCCGUUCGAGCAACCUAAUAUUAAGUAGCUAAAACUUUAUGGUUGUAUCCCGCGAAAUGGAAGCAUUCAUCAACGAAUCAGUCGAGCCACGAAUCUUUGAUUUGAUAGUGUUAAUUCUACCGAAAUGGAAGUUACUGCUUUAUAUAUUUAUGAUGAACGUCAUCAUCUUCUCCCCAAUCUACUUCUUCAGUGUGAUCCUGAUCGACAGCUGGGGAGAGCAGCAGCUAAUCUGUCCGUCGGCCGCACUGUUUGGAUUCAACCUGAUCCACCGCGCGCUGUUUAUGCGCUACAACCUCAGCAACACCCGGUCGAUACUGAUAGGAGUGGUAAUUCUGGGUACAGGAAUCUCAGCCAGCGGCACGGUCGCCAUGUAUAGUGCGGAUAGCGGGGGAAGUUUUCUACCUGUGGUAUUACUAUACAGCUCAGUAGGUGGCUACGGAUAUCAUCUAAUAUUCUCCAAAAUGUGGAAACUACUAGCAAAAAUCUUCAACGCAAAGAAGGAAAUGUUCGUUAUCAAAUUUCUCCAUUCGUUCGGACAGUCGGUGACGUUACUUUUUCUGCUGGUAACCUUCCAUUAUCCUUGGACCGAUUACAUCCUCGGUGCUCUUUUAAUCCUCUUCGGCGGUGUGCUGUUAAAUAUCAUUCCGAUAACAAUCCUGAUCGUGAAUGAGAAGAAUUAUCUCAAGCUGGAUCAAGAUUCGAUGGUUCAGCGGACGGAGAAAGGGAACGAGUCGUUCUACAACGAUGUAUCGAAAAGCUACGUAAGUUCAGACGAGCAGCAAGCGGUUGAACCGGAAGCACUCCAAAUACCGAUGAUGAGCUGGAAAAAUCCAGCAAACUAUAGUCGGCCGGAGGAGGAGAUCCAAAUGCCAAUCAAUCUCGAAGAUGACCUUGAUGAAGACAUGCUAAACCGAGAGGGUAAAUAUUUCAAUUCAGAGGGAGUGGAAAUCUUAGAAAUCAUCAUCGAAGAAGACGAAGAAAACAUAGCAGCGUAUGAAGCAGCUACAGCAAACUCUGUGUUCGCUCGCAAACUCAACGAGAAGGAUCAGUGGACAUUAUUCCAUCAGCUGGUGGAAUCUAUCACAACUUUCUACCGAGGUUUAUACCUCAAGCAGCAUUUCAACACGAAAAUAGUGACGUCCGUUCGGUUCGCAUUCACCGAGAUGAAAUUCUACAGUUGCCUGUUGCUGAAGUCUACAGAUCUGUGCAUUUUCAUUCUCUUCCUGACGCUACUACCGCGGUUUAUGUCAUACCACUAUUACUAUCGAGGGAAACCCCGCCAGAUGCUGCUGAUGUCGUUUGUCAUCAUUUCUUCCGCUUGGGCAGGCUGCUCGCUGCUGCUACUCUGGUGUGAUAUUAAAUUUCGCAAGCAGCAGGACAAGCUGCUCAUCUUCAGUGUUCUGUUUAAAACGUUCGGUUACUUUUGCGUAUAUUCGACCCGAUCCAGCUUCUGGACUGUAUCCGGAUGUGUGCUGAUAGGCGUUGGGCACGCUAUCAGUUGUUCUUACCAGGAUUUGGUGAUUAAGCGCAAGUUUAAUGCGCGCCAGUGGUGCCUAACCAAGAGUGCGCUCUGUCUUACCAGUGGUGUCCUGGUAGUGUUGUUGGCCGUUUUGGUCAAUGUAGCAUACGUUUACUGUAGGAUAGACAAUGUGGUGCUGUCGGUUCUGUUGGUGUACUGCUUUAGUGGGAGCCUCUGGCUCGUAUGCAAUUAUAAGAUUAUAUUUCGAUAGAA